AUGGCAUGGGUGAAGCUGCUCCUGAAGCCCGGGGGCAACCUGAGGAACAGCUACCAGCCGGGCAGCAUGUUGUCCAUCGCGCCGACGAAAGGAUUACUCAACGGUCCGGGCGAAAAUAGCUGCUUCCUCAACAGUGCGGUACAGAUUCUAUGGCACUUGGAUAUAUUUCGACGAAGUUUGAGACAACUGCCUGGACAUGUCUGUUUUGGAAAUGCUUGCAUAUUCUGUGCUCUGAAGGAUAUAUUUGCAGAAUUUCGUAACAGCAGGGAGAAAGCCCUUCCUUCUGAUGCCCUUCGUAGUGCUCUAGCUGAGAGCUUUAAAGAUGAACAUCGUUUUCAACUAGGUUUUAUGGAUGAUGCUGCAGAAUGCUUCGAGAAUAUUUUGGAGAGAAUUCACUCGCACAUAGUAUCAGACAUGGAAAUGGAUACAUGUACUGCCAAGUGUUGCAUUACCCACCAGAAGUUUGCUAUGACGCUCUAUGAGCAGAGUGUGUGCCACAGCUGUGGAGCUACAUCAGAUCCUUUACCUUUUACUGAGCUUGUACACUAUGUGUCAAUAACAGCACUCUGUAACCAGGUAGAUAGGAUGUUGGAAAGAAAUGAACGCCCUAGGCCAGAAUUGUUUGCAGAGCUACUUCAAGCAGCAAGUACUGUUGGCGACUAUAGGAACUGCCCGAGUAACUGUGGACAGAAGAUAAAGAUUAGACGUGUGCUAAUGAAUUGCCCAGAGAUAGUCACCAUCGGUUUGGUCUGGGACUCUGAGAAUUCUGAUCUCACGUUGGAUGUGAUCCGAUAUUUGGCACUACAGCUCCAUCUUCCUGGACUUUUUUUCAGAGCAACUGAUGAAUUUGCUAAAAGAAGUGAAUUGUUCCUUGUUGGGAUGGUAUGCUACUCCAACAGACACUACUGUACAUUUGCCUUUCAUACUAAGAGCUCUAAGUGGAUUUUCUUUGAUGAUGCUAAUGUUAAAGAGGUCGGAUCAAAGUGGAAAGAUGUGGUCUCCAAGUGUAAUCGAGGCCACUUCCAACCUUUGCUGCUGUUUUAUGCUAAUCCCUAUGGUAUGCCAGUCAGUACUGAGGACGCACUGAGACAAGUAUUUCAUCCUGUUCACUAUAAAUUGGAUGGAGAGGAUUCAGAAAAAGAAAUGCAAAUUUCUGCUACCAGAGUAUCUGACUACGAGAAGGUGAAUGGAGUUGAAGGACGCACCUCAAAAGUUAGGGACCCAAAACUGCCUCUGAAGCAACCAUCUAAUGCCAAAGGUGGAUUCCACAGAGGUUACAUUCAAGAUAGUAGAGGUCGAGGUCUGAUUAAAGUGUUUCCUGAUGGCUCAUCAAUUUCACAAAUGGACUGUUCAAAUGAACGUGCCCAAAGAUCAGAGAAUGGAAGGAACACACCACAUACCCAGAAAAAAGAAAAUGAUAAGCCAAGAACUGACUAUGUCAAACAAAGAGAUGACAGAGCUUUAAAAUCUGGGGCGUCACAUUUUGGCAAUAACACAAGACAUUUCUGGGAUCAGCAUGCACACAGUCAAGGAAAAGGAUAUUUAAGUGAAGGUAGAACUACUACACAUGCUAAGGCAAUAUCAGAUAAAUAUGUAUCUGAUUCAAUACAACAUAAGAAAAGUAACAGCUUCACUGGAUAUGAUACUGAUACCAGUCAAGAUUCGAGGGACAGAAGCAAUAGUAGAAGUAGAAAUAGGGGUAAAGUUUGGAAACCCUCACGGGAAACACUAAAUGUGGAUAGUAUUUUUGAGGAAGGAAGCAGGAGACAAAGCAGUCCAAAGCACAAAGCAAACACAGCUCAGCAGGUGUUACAUAGCAAAGGACAGAACGCUAAUGAUUUAUUGUAUGAGAAACGAAAGCACAAAGACUUAAAGACAAUUUAUGAAGAUGAAUUCAAACAAGGAAGUGCAAGUUCUUCGCUGGAAGUUGAUGGGAAAGCUCAUUUAGAAAAUGAAAAAAACACAGAUGAAAAUUUUAAAAUCCACAGCUCUGGUUAUCGAGGGCAGAAAAUGGAAUCUGGCCACGAUAGCAGUGGUUGGUUCAGUGGUGGCUCCACUAACCAUGAUACUCAAAGUAUGGAGAUUUCCAGUGGAAAGAACUUGAAGAAGAACCAAGAUGCACUUUCCCACAGGUCUCAAGUCACCUUAAACAAAACUGAUAGAUGUCUUGAUCAACCCAGCAGGUUUUCAGAUAGUGAAGCCAAUCUUCAAGAAAAUGAGUACAAACCACAAGACAAGACUUUUCAUAAACCUAAUAUGCAAAGAUCACAGUUUGAUAAAAACCAAGCUUCAUCUUCAUCUUCUUUUGAAAGAGUCAGAAAUGCUGCUUCCAUCCCCUCGCAAAAACCUAGAUUCCAGGAAUCACCUGGAAUAAACUUGCAGGACAACAAGCCUUAUAAAGAUAAUGGAUAUCAUCCAGAAACACAACUGAAACAAUCCUUCGCAGACAAGUCUGCUCCCAAGUGUUCAGUGAACUCCAAAGUUGAUGCUAUAUCUGUGUUAUCAGAUCCUUGUGAACUUCCAUCUGAAGACUUCAGGAAAGUUUCAUUAGUUUCCAGUGGAGAAAAUUAUAAUCGGCAGGACACUGAUUCCAUUGUUCAUGGGUUGUCUUCCAAUUCUCAGCAAGCUGAGAUAAACACAGCAAUGUUACCUCCUGUCUCACCAGUACAUUUACAUCCAGUAGAAAGUAUGUCUGAAAAUUCUCUUUCCAAUCAACGUAUGCAGUCUGGAGGACUAAGUCCUCACUACUGUUUUGAAACAAAAGAGAAUGUCCUGGAAACUGUGCAUAACGUAAGGUCCUCACCACCACCUCUACCUCCAAAGAAGUAUAAUCGGAGAAUCCAAUCUAAUUUAGGUAGCAAUGCCUUAAAUUUUAGGCAAGUAAAUGUACUAAAGGAGCAGAAAGAGAAUCCAGUUCUGUCUGAACUAAAAUUGAGGUUUACGGAUGCUUCAAAUGUACCUCUGAAUAAAGUGCCUCAAGCCGUUAUUCAAGGGCCAGCUUUGAGUCCUGCAGAUAUCUCUGAUCAUGAAUUCUUACAUAAUAGAUCUGUAAAUUUUUCUGACAGUUCUGCAAAGCUUGAAGCAAAUACUGCUGCAGUAGGAUUAGCAAAACCAGUUGCUACGACAACUUAUUUUUCUGUGGAUGGUUGUAUGACUGAUACUUACAGAGUCAAAUAUCAUGAGAGACCUAAACUCUACUUUGCAGACGUGAAAGCUAAUGAAUCUGAGUGGUGACCCUUUUCAAGGUGAGUUGGGUGUGAAUUACAUGACUUGCUGAAAUGUCAAUAAAUACACACAAAAUGCUGGUGGAACGCCGCAGGCCAGGCAGCAUCAAUAGGAAGAAGUACAGUCGACAUUUUGGGUCAAGACCCUUCAUCAGGACUAAUGGAAAAAAGAGAUAGCAAGAGAUUUGAGAGGGGGAGAGGAGUGCCAGAGGAAGAUGGAGAACAGGCAAGGAGUUAUUGUGAGAGGGAAAGAAAGAGAGAAAAAGAAAAAAUAUAUAAUAAAUAAAUAAAUAACAAAUAAAUAAAUAGGAUGGGGUAAGAAGGGGGAGGGACAUUAACGGAAGUUAGAGAAAUUAAUGUUCAUGCCAUCAGGUUGGAGGCUACCCAGAUGAAACAUAAGGUUUUGUUCGUCCAACCUGAGUGUUCCUUGUGUUUGCGUUAGGAAAUGUCAAUACUCAUUUCCUUUCAGUUGACUCUCAAACUGCCAUUUUCAUUGCUUAUAUAACUUGAUUGUUAUCCUUUCAAAAGGUGACUUCAUCCCAAUGAUAAUCUAUUAUUUCAUUAAGUACACCAAGACAGUAUAAACUUUACAAUAUUGAUUAAUUAUGAAUAAACAAUCUUCAAGAUGUUUAUUUCAAAUAUGGCAGUCAAGGUACAAGAAACUUCAAAGUUCAAAGUAAAUUUAUUGUACUUGUAUGUCACCAUAUACAACUUUGAGAUUCAUGUUCUGCGGACAUAUUCUAUACAUUCAUUGAGUAUUACACAUAACAGAAUCAACAGAAGACCGUACCAACUUAGGUAUUUAACCAGUGUGCAAAAGACAACAUACUGUGCAAAUACAAAAAGAAAGAAAUAAUAAUAAUAAAUAAAUAAACAAUACUUGUCGAGCAUGGAGAAUCCUUAAAAGUGAGUCCAUUGUUUGUGGAGACAUUUUGGUGAUGGGGUAAGUGAAGUUAUCCCCAUUUGGUUCAAGCGCCUGAUGGAUGAAAGGUAGUAACUGUACCUGAACCUGGUGGUACAAAUCCUGAGACUCGUGUAUCUUCUUCCUGAUGCAGCAGUGAGAAGAGAGCAUGCCUGAGUGGUGGGGGCCCCUGAUGUUGGAUGUUGCUUUCUUGAGACAGCAUUUUAUGUAAAUUUGCUCAGUGGUGGGGGGAGGUGUUGUUUACCCAUGACGUACUGGGCCAUAUCCACUACUUUUUGUAGAAUUUUCCAUUCAAGGGCAUUGGUGUUUCCAAACCAGGCUAUGAUUCACCACCACACAUCUAUAGAAGUUUGUGCCAGAAGUAGAAGUGCGGCCAUGCUUUCUUUGUAAUUGUACUUGUGUGCUGGAUCUAGGACAGGUUCUCUGAAAUAUUAACACUGAGGAAUUUAAAGUUGCUGAUCCUCUCUACCUCUGCUCUUCUGAUGAGGAUUGGCUCAUGGACCUCUGGUUUCCUUCUCCUGAUGUCAAUAAUCAGCUCCUUGGACUUUCUGACAUCGCGUAAGAGGUUGUUACGGCACCAGUCAGCCAGAAUUUCAGUCUCUCCCCUAGAUGCUGAUUCAUCAUAUGUCUUACGACAGUGGUGUCAUCAGCAAACUUGAAUAUGGAAACUGAAGCAGUACUUAGCUACGCAAUCAUAAGUGUAGAGUGAGUAGAACAAGGGGCUAAGCACACAGCAAUGUGGUGCAACUGUGCUGAUGGAAGUUGUGGAAGAGAUGUUGUUGCCAAUCUGAACUGACUGGUGUCUGCAAAUGAAGAAAUUGAGGAUCUAAUUGCACAAGGCGGUAUUGAGGCCAAGUCCUUAGAGCUUACUGGUUAGUUUUGAGGGGAUGAUGAUAUUAAAGGCUGAAUGUAGCCAAUAAAGACAAUCCUGAUGUAUGCAUCUUUGCUGUCCAGAUGUUCCAGGCCAAUGAAAUGGCAUCUGCUUUCUUGUUUCUUGUAGACUUGUUGCUCUGGUAGGCAAAUUGGAGCAGAUCUAAGGUACUUCUGAGGUAGGAGUUGUUAUGUUUCACCUCCAACCUCUGAAAGUACUUCAUCACUCUGGAUGCAAGUGCUGCUGGGCGAUAGUCAUUGAGCCAGGUCAUCAUGCUUUUCAUGGGCACCGGUAUAAUUGAAGCCUGCUUGAAGAGGGUGGGUACUUCAGUCUGCCAAAUCGAGAGGAUAAGGAUCUCGGUGAAUACUCCAGCUAGUUGAUCAGUGCAGGUCUUUAGUAUUUGGCCAGUUACCCCAUCUGGGCCAGAUGCUUUUCAUGGGUUCACUCUCCCCAAGGCUACUCAUACAUUGGCCUCAGAAACUGAAAUCACAGGAUCAUCAGAGGCUGUGGGAGUCCCUGGUGUUUCCUCUAUGUUUUGUCAAUCAAAGCGAGCAUUGAGCUUAUCUGGAAGUCCUACUGUCACUUGUGUUGAUUGAUUUCACUUUAUAAGAGGUGAUUAUAUUCAUGCUCUGCUACAACUGUCGAGCAUCCUUCAUUGAUUCAUGUUUAGCCACUUCCUCCCCCUGAAGUGGAUCGUACCUGAACCUCUUGGAUCAUUCUUGGUCAUCAGACUUAAAUGUUGUAAUCGGGAUCUCAGUAGAUUGCAGAUAUCAUGGUUCAUCCUGGUGUUCUGAUUGGGGAAGAUUCUGAAUGAUGUGGUUACACACUCAUCUACAACUGUUUUAUUAAAGUCUGUGAUAACUAUGGUGUAUUCAUUCAGAUCCAGAGAUGAAUCAUGGCCCAGUCCACCAACUUGAAGCAAUCUCAUAGUUGUUCCUCUGCCUCCCAUGACCACCUCUUUGUUGUCUGCACAUUCAAGGAUUUUCAAAAGAUUUGUGUUUAGAAGUCAUGAUUUUGUUAUGGGAAAUCUUUGGUACAUUGAAUGCAGCAAUCCCAUGCAAAAUCAUAAUGGGUUUUAAGAAUCAUCUCAAAGAAAAAGCAAGGAGGGAUUUUGGAGUCCAGGCACUUUGAAUCUUCAAAAAAAAAAGCUCACCUAGAUGAUGACAAGCUAAAAGCUGUAGAUCUGGAAGUGAGGAAAUACAUGUUGAUGCUGGAGGAUUGAAAUGUCCAGAUGCAGCAUAGUGUUCUGUGAUCAGUUUGUCCCAGAAGUAAUGAAGUGUUGAUUUGCCAGUCUUUGGACUCAAGGGUUUGAUUUAGUAAAAGAAAUGGUAAGCAAAGUUGAUCUACAUUCCUUAGAAUGUAAAAGGCUGAGGGUAAGGCAGGAUUUUGUUAUACUUGUCAAGAUUUAAAAAGAAAACUACCACUAUUAUUUUGGGAGUAAAGGAAUAGAGAGCAAAGUCUUGAAAAUUGGGAGUGUGACAAAAAAUUAUGAUAAAUUACAAAAAAAGAGUAAAUAGUGCAAAAGGGGAAUAGUGAGGUAGUGAUAAUUUAUAUAGGCUUCUGUAGGUCUCAUGAGACCAUGGAUUUGCACCUUGCAAGGUAUCCAGGGUGCAGGCCUGGGUAGGGUUGUAAGGGAGACCAGCAGUUGCCCAAGCUGCAAGCCUUCCCCUUUCCAUGCCACCGAUGUUGUCCAAGGGAAGGGCACUAGGACCCAUGCAGCUUGGCACUGGGUCGUCGCAGAGCAAUGUGUUGUUAAGUGCCUUGCUCAAGGACAUAAGCACGCAGCCUCAGCUGAAGCUUGAACCAGUGACCUUCAGAUUACUAGUCCGAUGCUUUAUCUACUAGGCCACACGACAGUGAGGUAGUGUUCAUAGACAUUCAGAAAUCUGAUUGCAGAAGAGAAAAAGUUGCUUUUAAUACUGUCAGUCUUCAGUUUCCUAUACUACCUACCUACUGGUUGUAAUGAGAAUAAGGCUUGUUCCAACUUGUGAUUUUCUUUAAUGAUGGAUGCUACUUUCUUGAGCCACCACCAUUUGAAGAUGUCCUUGAUGGUGGGGAGGCAUGAGCCCAUGAUGGAGUUGGCUGAGUGUACAGCCCUCUGGUUCAUGUGCAUCAGAGCUUCCAAACCAUGUGGUGGUUUGUGCAUAGCACAUCUGUAGAACUUUGCUAGAGUGUUUGGCGACAUACCAAAUGUCCUCCGACUCCUGAUGUAUAGCUACUAAGGUGACUUUUCUGAUUGCAUUGAUAUCUUCAGACCAGAUGGAUCCUCUGAUUUGAUGCCUAGGUACUUGAAGCUACUCAGCUUUCAACUGUUGACCCACCAGUGAAGACUGUUGUAUUUUCUGACUUCCCCUUCCAGAAUCAGUUCAUUGGACAUGCUAAUAAUGAAUGCAAGAUUGUUCCUGCAACACCAUUCAACCAGCCAAUCUUUCUCACUCCUGUAUGCCUCUUCACCAUCUGAAAUUUUACCAACAUAGGCGAAUUUACAGGUGGUUUUACCACACUGUAGAGAGAGCGGAACAGUGGGCUAAGCACACAUCCUGUGUUGAUUGUCAGCAAGAAGGAGAUGUUAUUACUGAUCUGCUCUGACUCUGGUCUCCCAAUGAGGAAGUCAGAGAUCCAGUUGCAGAGAGCGGUUGCUAAUUGCGGGGGGUUGAGAAUGGUGUAGAAUGCUCAGUUAUAAUCGAUAAGCUGCAAAUUGACAUAUGUAUUGCUAUUAUCCAGGUGGUCCAAAAGCCAGGUGGAGAGCUACUGAGACUGUAUCUGCUACGGAUUUGUUGUAGUGGAAGCCAAAUUGCAUUGGGUAUGCUUGCUACAAGCAUUUGCCUUAUGUUUGGAUGAAGUCGACUUGUCUUUCAAGCCUGAAGCAUCUAGACGUGUCCUAAUCAGAAACUGCACAGUAAAUAAAUCUCCUUUCUUGAAAUUUCCCUACAAGUCUUCAGCAGAUAAAACCCAGUCCCAUCUGUAAUGAUUGCCAAAAUUAGGAGGGAAUUCAAACAAGUAAGAUAACUAAAAUUAUUUUUAAAUGUGCAAAUAAUAAUAGGUUUUCAGCAAACCAAAAAUUUUAUAUAAAUAAAUUUGCCACCCCUUUCUAUCCCACCUGCCCUAAAAUCCAUUGAAAUCAGUGGACCUAAAGCAGGCCAAUUUUACCAAUGUAAAUGUGAAAAGCCUGCAAGUUUGAACUCCGCUGAUUGAUUUCAUGACAGAUCCUGUUUCAAAGCAAUCUGAUAAUUUUAAUGUCUAGUAUUAUAAACAAAGUUCAAAACUUUGUAUUUUAUUAUGUGUGCCUAGAAAUCCAGCCAUUAAGAGUUGAGAUCAGUUCCAAAUCACAAGAUAGCUUUGGAUAAAAAUGCAAUUUUAUCAAAAUCUGUCUUCUCACCAUACACAUACUCUUUCAAUGUUGUUCUGAAAUCUUCAACUUAAAAAUGCUCAAGAGCUACUUUUGGGGUUGUCUGUUGUGUUUGGUGCUCUCAAUGCAGCCUCUUUUAUAUUGAUGGCACACAACGUAAAUUGGGGACUGCUUUGUCGAGCACCUCAGCUCCAACUGCAAAAAGUGGAAUUUCCCAUUGGCCAACCAUUUUAAUUCCUAUCUCCAUUCCCAUUAAGAUAUGUCAGUCAGUCCAUGACUUUCUCCUUUGCCGUCACUCUUGGGCAAGUAACCUUACCUCCAUCUAGGUAGUAUCCAACAUGAUAGCAUGAACGUUGAUUUCUCCUUCUGGUUUAAAAAAAAUCCCUUCACCCUCCCCCCCCACUUCUAGUUCCCACUCUAGCCUCCAACCUCUUCUUACCUAUCACCUUCCCCCAGUGCCACUCUAAAUACCCUUUUUCCCAUGGUUCAUUCUCCACUCCUAACAGAUUCUUUCUACUUCAGCCCUUUACCUUUCCCAUCCACCUGGCUUCACCUAUCACCUUCUAGCUAGUCCUCUUCACCACCCCCCCACUUUUUUCUGGCAUCUUCCCCCUUUCCAGGCCUCGGUCCAAAAUGUCGACGAUUCCUCCAGCAUUUUGUAUGUGUUGAGCUGAUAUUUUUGCCUGUAAUUGACUAGUGAAUGUCCCAACAUAUCAGUCAUUACAGAGGUAGAAAGGAAAUCUGGCAAUAGAUUACAUGCCUUUUGAAGACUGACUUUUAAUUUGGAAUAAGUAUGUCUAGGAAUUUUAAGUGUUUACAAAUUGGUGUACUAUUUUGGUGCCGGUUAUGGCAGCCCAGAAGUUCAUCACUCGCCUCUUCUGUAGUGGUACUAGCUGGAAAGGAGAUUGAAUAGUAUUCAGUGUUGGUCCGCAAAUAAGGAAAAAAAUACUGAGCAGAAUGUUAAUGGGAAUUUAAAAGAAUUCUUUCAUUGAGGAUGAUAAUCAGGAGAUUUUUACCAUUAGUUAAGUGUGAAGAGGAUAAGGAUGAGGAUGAAGAUUUUGGCGGUAUAUUUUUAGCUAGACACGGAAGCAGGUUAUGUAAUAGAAGGUUAGUUGACUUUGUAUUGAAAAGGUAAAGGGACAGAAAAUCAGCUCCAAAACAAAUUGAAUCUGUUACCAGCAUGUUCAAGUUGCUAUUCAGUAUUUUAAUAAUUUUGUUUUACAUUUUCAAAUGCAGAUGCUGUGUUGCAGGUAUGUUGUAGCCUAUUUCACUUAAUUGUUAAAAGUAUGGUAUUGCAUCAUUUCUUCUUAUUUGACUACAGUUGUAAGAAAAUAUUUGUAAACCCUUUGCAAUUACCUGGUUUUCUGCAUUAAUUACUCAUAAAAUGUGGUCUGAUCUUCAUUUAAGUCACAAUAAUAGACAAACGCAAUUUGUCUAAAAUACUAUCACACACAACUGUCCUACUUCUCGUCAAUACUGAGUACACCAUUUAAACUGUCACAGUCUAGAUUCAAAUAGUAUGUGAACCUCUGCGAUAAUACUUCUACAAAAGCUAUUUGGAGUGUGGUGUUCUAGUCAAAGAGAUGAGAUUGUAGGUGUGGGUUAUAAGAGGUGCCCUGUCCUAUAUAUUAAAAAAAAAACACUCAAAGUCAGGUUACUGACAGAUCCUGCUCUUCUCAAGAAAGAUCUGUUUCUGUGCACCAUGCCUCAGUCAGAGCAACUUUCAGAGGACUGUAGAAUAAUUGUAAAGAUGCAUGAAGCUGGAAAAGGCUACAAAAGCAUUUCUAAAGACCUGAGUGUUCAACUGUCCACAGUAAGAAAGAUUGCCUGCAAAUGAAGAAAAUUCAGAGUGGUGAAUCUGUGGAAUUCUUUGCCUCAGGAAGCUAUGGAGGCCAAGUCUUUAUGUAUAUUUAAGGUAGAGGUUGAUAGAUUCAUGAUUGGUGAAGGCAUGAAGGGAUAUGGGAAAGAAGCCAGGAGAUUGGGGCUGAGAGGAAAAUUGGAUCAGACUUGAUGGGCCAAAUGGCCUAAUUCUGCUCCUAUAUCUUAAGGUCCUAUGGUCUUCAGUGCUGUUGCUACUCUCCCUAUGAGUGGGUGCAAUACUGAAGAAGAUGAAAAAGAACUCGAGGGUAACAGUGAAAGACCUGCAGAAAUCUCUAGAACUUGCUAAAGUCUCUGUUCAUGUGUCCACUAUAAGAAAAGCACUGAACAAGAAUGGUGAUCAUGGAAGGACACCAAUGAGGAAACCAUUGCUCUUCAAAAAAAACAUUGCUGCAUAUGUCAAGAUGCAAAAGACUGCCUGGUUUUCCACAACGUUUCUGGGACAAUGUUCUGUGUGCAGAUGAGACAAAAGCUGAACUUCUAGGCAGAAAUGCACAACACUAUGUUUGGAAGAAAAAGGGCAUAGCACACCAACACCAAAACCUCAUCCCAACUGUGAAGCAUGUUGGAAGGAGCAUCAGGGCCUGGACAGCUUGCAAUUGUUGAGGAAACAAUGAAUUUAAAAUUGUAUCAAGACAUUUUACAGGAGAAUGUCAAGAUGGUGGUCCAUCACCUGAAGCUUAAUAGACGUUGGAUGAUGCAACAAGGCGAUGAUUUGAAGACAAGAGAAUGGUUUAAAAAGAAGAAAUUUUGUGUUUUGGAAUGGCCAAGUCAGAGUCCAUAUCUCAAACUAAUUGAGAUGCUGUGGCAUGACCUGAAGAGGGUUGUUCAUGCAAGGUAUCCCAGAAAUAUUGAUGAUCUGAAACAGUUUUGUAUGGAGGAAGGUUUUAAAGUUCCUCCUCACCACUGCAAGUCUGAUCAGCAGCUACAGGAAACACUUGGUGAGGUUGUUGCUGCUAAAGGAGGUUCUACCACUUAUUAAACACACAAAGGUUCACAUACUUUUUCCAGCCUGGACUGUGAUUAAACAAAGUGUCCAUUAAAGGCAUGAAGAGUACAAUUGUUUGUGUGUUGCUAGUUUAAGCUGAUGGCUUUUGUCUAUUGUUGUGAUGUAGAUGACGAUCAGAUCAAUAUAUGAGUAAUUAAUGUAGGAAACCAGGUAAUUGCAAAGGGUUAACAUUUUCUUGCAACCAUAAAUUAUCUAUGUUUCUGUCAUUUAGCAACAACAGACUGUUCUGUAGAACAAAGUUUUAUUGGGGAUCUUCUGGGGCUACGGCCUGGAAGCCAUUACUUGUGUGAGUGAGAAUGUUGUCAGUCUCUCCAGUUGUAUGGAAUCUGUUCAUUCUGCCAUCAGAAACAUAAAAGCUAAAGAUCUAUCAUGAACUUUCUCUUAAUUUUUUAAAAGUCUGCAAGCAAUUUAAAAAUACCUGAUAAUCUUGAAGCGAUAUAAUAUGUAAGGUUGGUAAUUAUGUUAGUUAAUAGGGUUAAUUUAAAUGAAUGUUACUUGUAUUAUUAUGUUUAAGCAAUUUGAUAAGCAGACUUUGCAUUCUUGAUUUUACUUUUUCAGCUUAUGGCUAGAUGUUCUCCCUCAAGUGCCAUUCAAUGUACGUGAAGUUAAGGCAUCCUAAUCAUAUUCCUGAAAGCAAUAAGUGGGAUAUGCAAUCACUUAAAUUAUCAUGAAACAUGAGUUUACUCACAAGUUAAGAGUGUUAUGAUUGAUGGACAAGAUGUACAAAACAAAGUACUUCAAUCAAGAUUAUCAUAAGAAUACUAAUUACAAAUAUUGUCCGAGAGAGAAAAGCUAUUAUAGGUUAUCCCCAGGUAAUGAGAUACCUGACUUAUUGACAUGCUUACAUACAAACAAAUGCCCAUCCUAUUAAAUUCAGAACUCCAGUAUAUGUAUAGUUUUUUUUCUCUCUUCCAUUUUUAGUACCUAUUCUUCCUUAAGUCUUGUGUGCAGUUGAUGUGGAUGUAUGGUUCCAAAUUAAGUAAUUUUAUGCACUUUCUGACUUGUGAACAAAAUCUAUGUAUGGAUGCCUGUAAAAACAGAACAGUUCAUACCCAAGCUGUGUACAUAUAUGUAUUUUCCAGUGCUUUCCAGUUGUGCUGAUUCAAGUACUAUGCAUUGUGUUGUGGAAUGUCAGUCAAAAUUUGUAUUCUUCACUUUUUAUUACAUAACCCUUUUUGUAUUAACAUUGGUGUAAAGUAUCACUUUAACAUUUCACGUGGAACAAAUUUUAGAAAUAAUACUGUCCCAAAAUAUUAAUUUAAUUAGUAAUUUCACAGAACAAACCAAAUAAUGUUCACCUUAAACAAAAAUUCAGCAAUAUUAAACCAAGAAAAUGAGCAACUUCAUUUCAGAUUAAUAUGUAAAAAUCAAAUCUAAAUGUGUUUGUAUGAAAAUAAUUAUGCAGAAAUGAAAAAGAUUAUGUAUAGCUUCAACACAUAUUAAGAUGUGCCACGCAGCUUUGCAGGAACACUAUCAAACAAAGUUUGUCACUUAUGCCAAAAGAGAAAGUUUGGUCAAAGACUUGGACUUUAAGGGAUUGUCCUAAAGGGGGAAAUGACCAGGAGGUAUGUUUAAGUGGUAGCUGGAUACAUCAAUCACCAGUGGAGCAGUUGGAUUUUGGAAUAUUCACAAAAUUAAAGUUGUGGAAGAUGGUACUUACUUGUAAAACUGUUAGAAAUCAUAAAUAAUGAAGACUAUUUGAACGUUAGGAUGAAAAUGCUAACAUGGAUUUUUUUUAAUGUUUUGAAAUUCGAAAAAGUACUUCUGAGUUAAUUCAAUUAUUUUCUCAUGCUUUUCAAUAAAAAUAGUUGUGUCGUGUUUCCUCUCUGUGGAAAUUACUUCAAUAAUGAUGGGCUUCAUACCGAUGUCAUUGUCAACAAUAAAUAUUCUUUUAUUUUAUGCGAGAGAGCAGAUCAUUCCAAGCCAACUAAUACAAAAUCCAAUGAACUGUUUUUGAACCUCAAGCUUAAAAACUGAACAGUACUUUUAAGCUGGGUAAUUAGAUAAGUAUUUUUGUCCUGUCAUACGAACUUGCAAAAAAUGAGUUUUAUUCAUAAUUAUGAACUGAGUAACUACUGAUUUUAUUAACAAAUUUAACCAAUACUGCCAAUUUGGGUAUUGUGAAUAUUUUGAAAGUUAUCUAUUAAAGACUGAAGUUGAUUUGUGUAGGUACCAGUGGACAUGAAGGCCUUUUCAACUAUGAAUGCCAAUAUUUUGUAAAGUUAUUUUAGAGAAGAAUUUUGUACAUUGAGAAAUCCUUUGUAGGUUGAGUUUUAAGGUACUGUUACUGACUUUUCUAAAACAUUAAUUUUAUCUAUGUAAAUAUUUUACAGACUAACUUUAUCAAGUAUUAUUUUUUUCAAUGUAUAAAGAAUAUUAAAUGUACUCUUCCAUUUUUCUGUUACUACACACAUUUAUUGUAUUCAAAUUCCUUAAAGUGAUUUUGAAAAAAAUCUUAUUUUAAUAUUGGAGAAAGACUAACAUUUGAUAUUAUUAUUUUCAUAUGUAGUAAGUGUUUAAUGUAAUUUAAUUGUCAAAAUAAUCUUCCUGUGCCUUUUGAGUUUCUAAGUGUAAUUGCGGGCAAAAAAUCUUUUUAUGACUCCAACAAAAAGUAAAGAUAUUUGAAUACAUGAACAACCUUGAAUUGAAGUGCAAUGAACUGUUAAUUUAGUUUCAAAAGUGUCUGCACAUUUGUAUUUUAACAGUUUCAUAAUUGUGCACAAAUAUAUUAAAAGAAAACCUUAGACAUUUUAGGAUAUUUAUUUUAAAGCAGUGUAUAUCCCAAGUAUACCUUAAUUACUUGUUUGACUGUAAAAACACUGUUAAAGUAACUUGACUCCAGUAAUUUGAUACAAUCAAUGGAACAGUUAAAUACAAAGAUAAACCAAAAUGGGCAUAUGGGUAAUGUAUGGCUCAUACAGUGUGUCUAUUUAUUUUUCUAUGUACAAAUUGGGAAUAUUUGUAGAACUGAUUUUUAUUACUUGGAUAUAUUGUGGAAUAAAUAAAUGUCUGUUUGUACA